GUUCGAUAUAUAAACCGUCGUCGCCCCAAUUCUUUUACGACGUUGCUGCCAUUUUUAGUUUGGUUGUUUGCCAUGCGUGACUCGGAGUACGUGACGUGGAAACGAGAUGGGGAAGUGAAGAUUCGUCGCGGCCCAGACGGCUCCGUGGCAGGAAAGCAACCCACGACAGUCGUCGCCAUGUUUCAAGAAACAGUUCGAAAGCACGGUGACGACGGCGCGUUGUACACGAAAAAGGACGGCGAAUGGAAAAUCCUUACGUGGAACCAAUACCACGCAAAGUGCAUGGCGUUUGCCAAGAGUCUACUCUCGCUCGGGUUUGAUCGGUUUGACGCAGUGAGCAUCAUUGGGUUCAACUCGGCCGAAUGGACAAUUGCGGACCUCGGGUGCAUCCUCGCUGGGGGACUCGCUGCCGGCAUUUACUCGACCAACAGCGCCGACGCCGCCAAGUACAUUGCUGGUCAUUCGCAAGCUCGGGUCGUAGUCUGUGACAACGUCGGACAGCUCGAGAAAAUGGCGUCCGUGGCCGCGGAAUUGCCGCAGUUGAAGGCUCUGGUCGUGUACAACGCGACAGUUCCGAUCGGAUUUCAAUGUCCGGUGCCGUGCUACAGUUUCGAUGACUUUUUGGCCCUUGGCAUGGAGGUCGACGGUGCAGAGUUGGAGGCGCGGAUGACUGGGCAGCGGCCGGGGCACUGCUGCACCCUCAUUUACACGAGCGGGACAACAGGCAACCCCAAAGCCGUGAUGGUCUCCCACGACAACAUCACGUGGACGCUGCACUCGAUGCUCGAGCUGUUUGUCGACGAUCCAUUCACACAUUUGGACCGCCUUGUGAGCUACUUGCCGCUAUCCCACGUCGCAGCCCAGCUGAUUGACAUCCACUUGCCCAUGGCGACUGGCGCGAAAGUGUACUUUGCACAGCCGGAUGCAUUAAAAGGAUCGCUAGGGCAGACGCUAAAGGAGGUGCGGCCCACGCGAUUCCUCGGCGUACCCCGUGUGUGGGAGAAGAUUGCAGAGAAAUUGUGGGAGAUUGGCAAGACCACGAAAGGCAUGAAACUGCGCAUUGCCACGUGGGCCAAAGGGAUUGGCUCGCAAAAGACGCAGCUGGCCCAAUACGGUGAGGCGGGCGGCGUACCGUGUGGCUACGGCUGCGCCAACGCGAUCGUGUUGGGCAAGAUCAAGGCGGCGUUGGGGCUGGAUCAGUGCCGGUUGUGCGUUGUGGCAGCGGCGCCGAUGAGUUCAGACAUUAUCCAGUACUUUGGAUCCCUGGACAUUCAAAUUUUUGAAUUGUUUGGUCAGAGCGAGUCCACGGGUCCGUCAUCGACGUGUGUUGCUGGCAAUUGGAAGAUUGGCAGUGUGGGCAAGUUGAUUCCUGGCACAGAGUGGAUGGUCGAUGCCACGAAUCAUGAGCUGUUGCUGCGAGGUCGGAAUGUCAUGAUGGGGUACUUGGGCAUGGAAAACGAGACCAACGCCACGAUCAACUCGGAUGGGUGGCUGCACACUGGCGACUGCGCCAAGGUAGACGACAGCCAGUUUGGGUACAUUACUGGUCGAAUCAAGGAAUUGAUCAUCACGGCGGGCGGGGAAAACGUCCCCCCCGUGCUUCUCGAAGACGCAUUGAAAGAAGAACUGCCGUUGCUGUCGAAUGUGAUGGUCGUGGGCGACAAGCGCAAGUUUCUGGCGGCGUUGCUCACAUUUCGCGUGCAAGUGGACGGUGACGGCGUGCCCACGACCAAAUUGGACAAGAAGGCGCUGGAAAUCAUGGCCUCACUCAACUCCGUCGCGACCACUACCGCUGAAGCCAAAGAGUGCGAAAAGGUCAAGGCGUACAUCGCCCAUGGUCUCAAGAAGGCCAACGGCCGCGCCACGUCACGCGCCCAAACCAUCGCCAAGACUUAUGUACUGGAGCAGGACUUCAGCUUGGGCGGCGGCGAGCUCACCCCCACGCUCAAACUCAAGCGUCGGAUGGUCGUGGACAAGUAUGCUGCCGUGAUUGAAGCCAUUUAUUCUGAUGCGAGCGGCGACUAAUACUCAAUACAACUUUCGCAUAUCUC